UGGGAGUCCGGCGGCUACCUUCCUUCGCGACAUGGCCGGCUCAGAGGCUGAGUGGAUAACCAUUGCCAAUAACCUUCUUUCUAAAUGUCACAUACACCUGAGGAUACAUGAACUUGAAGAUUGUGAUGCUAAUGUUUUUAUUGCUCUUUAUCAAUCAAUCUUGGGAGAAAAAGUACCAGACAUCAUAGCUAUUCCCAAGAAUCAAGAGGAUGAUGCACAUAAUGUACAAGCAGUAAUUGAUUCACUGGCCUUGGAUUACCUGCAGGUCAGCUUGUCUCACAUAACAGGAGAAAAUAUAGUGAAAGGAGAUAAAGAGUCUAUUAGGAAUCUCCUAGAAAUAUUUGAUGGAUUGUUGGAGUAUCUCAUAGAACAUACCAGUGAAACAUCUCAUGAAAAAAGUGACAUUGAACAGGGUUUUAAAGAAUCACAUCAAGAAGUACAUUUGGAGGGGCCAGAAAGUACCAAAGAAUCCAAAUCAUUAUGGAAAAGAGUUUCCUUUGGAAGGUAGCACUCAGUGUCUGUGAAUUU